GAGAGAGAGGAGAAGCAAGAGGGUGAGACUACAGGAACAGCUCUGUUGUUGUGGUCACUCCAAGAAGCCUGCUCCUGCAGAGAUGGAGGGACUGAAGUGUUGGAACUGACACUCUGUUAUCAGGAGGAGAGGAAUACAUGUGGUAGGGCUUACUAGUGGAUCAGCAUUAAAAGGCGCUGAGGGCUGCAUGGGUCCCGUGGUCAUGCCCCCAGGGAAGAAGGCAGAGGGCCCCAGCAGUGGGAGUGUUGCUCGGGGUCUGAGUCAGCUCUACCAGGACACCGAAGCGGCUGACCUCUCAUUCGCCCUGUCUGCCUCUCUCAGCCGGGCGGAAGACGAGGAGCUGACCAGCCUCAGCUGGCUGCACGAGAGCACCGAUCUUCUGACCACCCUAGGCCACUCUGGCCUGCGCAGCGUCAGUCCCUUGCAGGAUGCUAACGGUAGCCACGAACACUCUUCCUCCUCACCUUCAUCCUCUCCUGAGCCCAGCGAUCCACCCUAUCACCUGUCCAUGGGUCCCAGCCGUAAACCCCCCUACUCCUUCAGCUGCCUCAUCUUCAUGGCGAUAGAGGAUGCUCCCUCUAAGCGACUACCUGUGAAAGACAUCUAUGGUUGGAUACUGGAGCACUUCCCUUACUUCGCUAGCGCCCCUACUGGCUGGAAGAAUUCAGUGCGUCAUAAUCUGUCACUCAACAAGUGCUUCAAAAAGGUGGAUAAGGAUCGCAGUCAGACCAUAGGAAAGGGUUCUCUCUGGUCAAUUGAUCCCGACUACAGACACAAUCUGAUUCAGGCACUAAAGAAGACUCCAUAUCAUCCGUAUUCCCCUCGGCUUCCAAAACCUUCUACCUCCCCAUCUGCUUCACUUCAGCAAUACCACAGUCCUCUACUAUGGCCGGGUAGUCCACUCUUCAGAAAAAAUGGAGGAAUGCUCUUGCAAGUUCCACAGAGAGUGAUACAGCAUGGCUCAUGUGUGACCGCUCAGGGGCUCUUUCCAGUAAUCAGACCCCUUCCAUUGAGUCCUGUGAGCAAGAAGACCACUGUCGUGAGAUCAGUCCUCUGCGACUACCUUACAUGGGGUAAAAACGGAAUGUGCAGUGACUCUCCUCCACCCAGCGAUGAUCAACAGGAGGAUCACACGUACAGCAGCUCUCAGUCCCUGAGUACAAAGAUGGACAGUUCUUCCCCCAUCUCCUCCUGCUCCACUCAGGAAUCCCUCUCUGCCUACAGCCAUGGUCAGAAGAUAACAGUCGCUGAGGUCAAGGAGGAGCAAAAAGACUUUCUGCUGGAUGCUACGCCACCUCCUUCCCAGCUGCUCCAGCACAGAAGACUGCUGUGGACCAAAGGUUACCUACGGACCCCUGGCGACACACUUCCACUGAAGAAGAGGAGGGCGGAAAAGCUCCUGAAAAACGAUGAGGAAGACGAGGAGAUGAAGGAGGCCGCGGGGUCAUUGCUUCACCUGGCUGGAAUGCGCACAGGGUUGAAUAAAAACGGUCAGCGUGUUUGUAAAGUUCCAAAGGAGCUGAAAGAGGAAAUGAAAGAUGAGCAAUGAGCAAAAUCCCGUUAACACAGAUCUAAAUACUUAUGUUCCAGGAUAUCAGGUGAAUUGGAGUCAGUUUUUGCAAUAUCAAUAAAAUCAGUCGUCCUGUGUCCAGUUUCAUUUUCCGGCUGAAUGAUUCUCAUGUCCAUGUUUUUUUGUGUGGAUUGUGUGUGAGCGUGCGAAGACAGAAAAAGCCAUAGUAAAAUUUUGAUCAUUUGGGUGCAAAAUUGUUGAAAUGUUAGUUUUUCUUCAUUUGUUAAGCCUAGCAAACAAUUAUAAAUUAUUAAAGGUGAACUCAGUAAUUUUUAGUUAAUGUUGCGUUGACUGAUAUGGCAGUCAUCUUGGACUUACACUGACACCUAGUGGUGUGGAUGUAGCGUCACACAUAAGCAAAGUUUGUAGUUACGGAUGCCAUUGUAGGAAUGCGCUGAUUGCAGUCAGCCAUGAGUAAUUGAUUCCAUGAGUGUAAGUGUCUGAUAGUGUGUAGAAUUUGACUGGUCAUGUGAUCUACACAUGGCGGCCCCCAUUAGGCAACCCUCACCUUGUAAAAUACAGCUUUUAUUAGGCUACUGAAAUGACUGGAGCCUUCAUAUCCACUGAGUGUACUUGAUUUUAAACAUAAAUAAGUAGUAUUCAGGGGCGAUACUAGGAUGUGAUCCUUGGGGGAAAAUUUUAAACUUUAGGGUGGGCAACUGUUUAUCUAUUUGUCGGACCGGAAGGUACUCCUCCUUUAUAAUUUUGCUUGGGUUGGUCCCCCCCGAUCAUGUACCGAUGUUUGUUGGGGGGGAAGUUAUUUGGGGGGGGGUAUGCAUAAGGAAAAUCUAGGGUGCCAGUGCCUGUCUAGCAUUAGCUACUCAUUUAAGGGUAAACCUUUUUAUGGAAAAAUUACUGAGUGCACCUUUAAAUAUGUUGUAGCAGUUUUUCUAGUUGCAAGUAUGAACGCUGAAAGAUUUUAAUGCUGCUCUUAAGUGUGCCAAAGAUGAAACCUGUUGAAGAGAGUGCAGCUAAUCCAUGCACACUUAGUAAGAUCAAUAAUAGUUUCAAAAAGUAGUAAUAACAUCCUAUAUUACUAAAAGAACUUUAGGGCAAAUGUUUAUUUAUUAAGCAGCAUUUUUAUUUUUAUUUUUGAGGAAAAAUGACCUGUGUCCAAUGGAUAGCAAAUCUAAAAGGUCAAAUGCAAUAUGCCAAUUCUCUCUUAGACGCCUAAUGUUCAAAAUAUUUAUGGUGUUAGUUCCUAUUUGAAGCACACUACAAACUGAUCUUUUUUGAAGCAAUGUGUAAGAAAUGCCUAUCGUGUUAAUAUCAAAGUUUUGCCAAAAUAUUGGUGUUUUUUAAAUUCGAUUUGCCUAAUUAUUGUUAUUAUCAUUAUUUUCCAUCAUGAUCCAAGCAAUUUGUCCUGCCAGGAUAACACUGUAUAAAGUUAUUCCCUAUUUUUUUCACGGAAGGCAGAUUUUGCCUCAGAUCUUUUUCAGUUAUAUUGCAUGGGUGCUUGUACAUAAGAAAGAAGUAUUUUCUUUUUUGAAUAAAAGAUCAUGUAAGAUAGAUAUUUAGCAUGAGGCAUGGCUUAUUUUCUUACAAGAAAACAAAAAGAGGGCCUAGUGGGUGCCUCCAAAAGCAUAAGUUUCCUUCUUUACUCUUUUUUUAUUACUAUUAUUGUAUCUCUUCUAUGGCAGACAACUCUUCCGAAGGAAGAGACUUAUUGUAAACCCAUUUACAAACAGAUCUGCCUUGUAUUGAAUAUCAGGUGAAACUGAUUUUGCCUUUUUUGUGGUCCUCGGUUUAGUGGUCCUUUUCAAUUCAUUGAUGUAAGUGUUCAAAUGUUGUUAAUACUCAGUGUUAAAUGACCUAUCACUCUGUACACCCUUUAAGGUUGUGCCUGCCUUUAGUUCAUGUGCUUGGAUGUCUGUUCUGUUAUUUUGUAAUGGUUAACUACUUUUCAUCGUGCAGCCUGUGUCAUUGGUAUCAUAAAUUGUACUGAAAUAGUUUGACAAGGAAUUAGAAUUGGCUUCCAUGAGCGAAACGGAAUAAUCCCAGAUAACUGCACUGCUUGACUGAUGGAAGUGUCAAACAGCCUUUAAGUCUAGAUGAAAUGAUUACUAAUUUUGAAUACAGUUAGUAAGUCAGUGAUUGAACAACUAGCAAAUUAUGCCUUGGCCUAUGUCUGUUUGUUCCCUUUAUUUCGUUGAAGUACCCCUCUCUGCUUCCACCUCUCACAAACUUGAACUUCAUCUGUGAAACUGAAUGUCCAAGUAAGGGUCCCAUAGUGGUCUUAAAGGGACAGUUCUCCCAAAGGUUUUCUUUUAUGGGUGAUAUAAUGCUGUUUUGAAAUGUUGUUGGAUGCUCGGGUCAUUAUUUCUUAUCAUCAUCGUUCAUAUGUUUGUUGUUAUGCAGCAUCUAUCAUAAGUGUUUACACUCCACUUUUGCUUAUAUGAAAGUCUUUCUGAAUGUUUUGUGACUCCAGGGUGAGGAGCAUGGAUAUGUUAAUCAUUUCCAGUCCUUUAAAAUAAUCCUAUCUCCAGCUCUACAUCCCUUCAGCAUGUUUCAGCACUUUCUUAUAUGGUAAAAUAGGACUUUAUGUCUUCUGCAGGGGAUCUAGUGGUGUAAUUGGUGGAGUGGCACUGCAAGUGCUGGUGUGCUGUGUGAGGACUGUUUAGAUGAAUUGCUCCAUGGCAAAGCCAUGCAGCGGGAACAGACUUUUGUCCCUACUUUAUUUGAUUAAAUAGGCAAUAAGCUGCUGCUACAGUUUUGCUUUAAAUUUAUGUCAGUUCCAUAUCAUGCCAUUUGUUUUUGUGUACCUAACUCAUGAUUUGUUUUGGCUAACUAAAAAAAGAGGGAGAAAAUAUGCAUGAACUAUUUAAUGGUAACCCGUCACUGCCUCUGAAAUUAUAUGUGAAAUAAUAUACGAAUUUUGUCAAUGUUGAUGUUGUCUGAUUGUUUUUGCCAAAUAUGUUAAUGUCCUUGUACUUUAAGUCACUAGUGGUCUGCUAUGAUUUCUAGAGCACAAUGGAGUCAUAAUGAAUAUGUACUUGACCAGGUCUUUUUUCAAUACACUCAGAUGCCAGUGCUGUAUGAGUAUAAAGCUGUCUAUUUCCUUGGUGUGCAAUCAUAUUGCCAAAGAACAAUAUCAAACUAUUUCAUCAAUAUGUAAAUAACCACACUGUCUUUGUAACAAAAAUGUCACAUCAUGUUGUUACUUUUCCACAUAUUUCUCCUGAAACUUAAAACAAUGUUUAUGUAAUGUAUUGUCUUCCAGUUGCAAUAAUAAAAAAAAUAU